UACUCUCGCGAGACUUUAGUUGAGGGCAUGAUAGUAGCCGUGUAACUGUAACAUAGUUCACAUUGUUGCAGCUCGAUGAAGUGCGCGGUAUAAUUUAUUAACAGCUGCACACACCAGCCGUGACAUUUGCCCUGUGUCGCUUCCUUGUAGAAGUCCGUCAAACUAUCACUGGGACCUGGACCUGGAAAACCAGAUCCAGCUUUCUGAAGAAUAAGAGAAAAUGGCUUUGUCUGGCUGGGUGUGUGUAGUGACAGGUGCCUCCAGAGGUAUUGGCAAGGGAAUAUCUCUCCAGCUGUCAGAGGCUGGAGCCACCGUCUACAUCACAGGGCGACAGGAGAGCACCCUGAAAAAGACUGCAGCAGAGGUAAAGGAGAGGGGCGGAGACUGUGUGCCCGUUAUCUGUGACUCUACAAAAGACAAAGACAUUGAAGAUCUGUUUGAACAAAUCAAACGUGAGCAGAACGGCCGGCUGGAUAUCCUGGUUAACAAUGCCUAUGCUGGAGUACAUGACAUCUUUGAGAACAUGGGGAAAAAGUUCUGGGAAACAGACCCGUCCAUUUGGGAUUCAGUCAACAAUACAGGCCUCAGGGGACACUAUUUCUUCUCAGUUUAUGCAUCCCGGCUGAUGGUGGCUCAAGGUCAGGGUUUGAUAGUCACCAUUUCAUCUUUUGGUGGGCUUCAUUAUCUCUUCAAUGUGUCGUAUGGUGUCGGCAAAGCAGCUUGUGACAGGUUGGCAGCAGACAUGGCGGUUGAGCUGAAACGUAGAGGAGUGGCUUCAGUCAGCCUGUGGCCGGGCGCAGUACAGACAGAGUUGGUGUCUGAGUUAGUACUGGCAAAAGAAACUCCACAGGGAAUUGAUCCUAAGCAGUUUAAAAAUGUGUUUGCUGAUGGAGAAACCACAGAAGUGAGUGGGAAGUGCAUUGUCAACUUGGCACAAGACAAAAAUCUGAUGGGACUGACUGGGAAAGUACUCAUGACCUGUGACCUUGCAAGGCGCUAUGGGAUAAAAGAUACUGAUGGGCGGGAUGUUGCUGACUACACAUCUAUAAAAUUCCUGCUGUCUCAGUCCACAUAUCUCUCCUGGCUGUCAGUUGUCAUGCCGUCAUUCAUACGUGUCCCACGCUUCAUGCUCACACUGGCUCAUGGCCGCUUCUAAACAUUUCCUGUAUAAGCACUGCAGUGGCCAUAUCUUAGCUUCAAGGGAAUGGUUGACUAAAGGAUGACACUAACAAUCCAGACUAAUUAUACUUUUGAAGGAGUAUUGUGUAAUUUACUUUUAUAGACACUAUCUUUUUUUAGCUCUAUGAUGGACUUAGAUGAAGUAAAACAUGAAGGAGGCUAAUUUGUUUUCUGUGUUAUACAUAAAUACCAACGUCAGCUGUGAGUGAAGCCACACAAUGUGAAAAUGGAAUUCAUAUUACUACAUGUCAUUAAUAACUAUGCUAAAUCACAACUAUCUGAACAUGAAGAUGGCACAUUUAAGAAACAUAUGCAUGUUUGAUUAUUUUUGCACAUUUGUAAUUUUUGUAUUAAAUAUAUAUUCAUAACAGCACUGUUACAUUUGACAUAAAAUCAUGAUGUUUAUGUUGCAGAGACUAAGAAGUCAAAAUGGUUUGAAUAAAGAAAUAUUAACCCA